AUGCGAGAUGGCGAGAAACUUUUGAUAGUGGCUCUAACGGUGUGGCGGAUUGUUCACGGCCAGAUUUGGAUAAGUGUUUCCCGUUACCUAACUGCCAAAGGAGCCAAACGGAUCGUGAACAAAUCCAUAGAGUUUGAUCAAGUCGACCGAGAACGUACCUGGGACGAUCAGGUCAUCUUCUACAGUCUUGGUUUUUACUUAGCCAAACUAUUUCACUCGCUCCACCACACGCAAUUCAGAACGAACUAUGCUCUAUUCAUGCCAAUGUACGACUACAUAUAUGGGACCAACGACAAGAGCAGUGACUCAUUGUACGAAACAUCGUUGGAGCAAGAAGAAGAGAAGCCAGACGCAAUUCAUCUCACCCAUCUAACAUCACUGGAUUCUAUUUACCAUUUCCGACUUGCCUUUUCUUCCCUCUCCUCGCACCCCCUAUCUUCUCGGUGUUACCUAAUCCUCAUGAGACCCCUCACUAUCAUUAUCUCCUUCAUACUAACUUCUUUCUCAUCUCGGACCUUUGUCUUUGAGAGAAACCGCUUCCGUGAUCUCACCAUUCACUCGCACCUUCUUCCCAAGUUCUCCUCUCAUUACAAGUCGCAGCAGCAAAAGGAAUCUAUCAACAAAAUGAUAGAGACGGCUAUCCUUGAAGCGGAUAAGAAGGAUGUGAGAGUAAUGAGUUUGGGGCUACUGAACCAGGGAGAAGAAUUAAAUGGGUACGGAGAAAUGUACGUAAGGAAGCAUCCAAAGCUAAAGAUAAGGAUAGUAGAUGGAAGCAGUCUCGCAGCUGCGGUGGUGGUUCAUAGUAUUCCUGUUGACACGAGAGAAGUGAUGGUUUUACGUGAGGAAGAGCAUAGCAUGAUAGCUGGAUUCAUUGGCGGGCAUUGCAAGGAAAAUCUGGUCCUCACAACCAAUUACUCCCCAAUGAUUUGGUUGGUGGGAGAUAGGCUAAGCAAAGAAGACCAGAAGAAGGCAAGAAAAGGAACUCUCUUUAUUCCUUUCUCUCAGUUUCCUCCUAGUAAACUUCUAAAAGACUGCUUUUACCAUACCACUCCGGCUAUGAUCAUCCCUGACUCUGCCCAAAACAUCGAUUCUUGUGAGAAUUGGCUGGGGAGGAGAGUGAUGAGCGCAUGGAGAGUUGGGGGGAUAGUGCAUGCGCUUGAAGGAUGGGAGGAACACGAGUGUGGUCUUGAAGUUCCAAUGGCUAAUCCUCCAAGAGUUUGGGAAGCUGCCACUACAAGAAAACAGCGUGUGCUCUUCGAAAUGGUUUCAAACCACUGGUUUUGCCGUCUUUAG